AUGAGUAAAGUGCACGUCUACAUUGGCUGGAUUCCGUGUGACUACUCAGUUGAGCAGCUAAAGCAUGACGUGGGUCGGUAUUGGCAACUUAAAACCAGCAAGUACGAACUUUGCGACGAAUUUGGCAAUACUCUACCCGAUGAUAAACCGCUCAAGCUUUCACAUUUCCACCCGGCAACUCUGACACUCAAACGACGUAGACGUAUGAUAUUAAGUCCCGUCAAGAAUUCAACCAACUCGAGCUCGUGUGAUCCAUUCUGGAUUCACGACCAGCUCUUUGAUUUGUUUGUCUUCAAUGCUCUGCAGAACCGCCCAAGCAGUACACUUCGCAUUACUGGCUUUCAAUUUAAGCAGCUUCUACAGAAGACGACCGCAAAGACAAUCUACCAACAGAAAAAGAAGCUGCUCUUUGAUAAACAAGUAGCAUUGGCUUUCCGGGGAGCUCAGUCGACUGUCAGUAUCAGUGGAGAUGGGGGCGCCGGCGUAGACUUUGAUGAGUUCCUGGAUGCUUUAGUGGACGUUGCCUGUUUCAUGCACCCGAAAGAAUCGUCCAAGGAGCGAUCACUGGAGAAACUUGCGCUCGAGUACAUUAUUCCUUAUCAUAACAUGGAGCAGUUAGCACCUGGGUCUGACACGUUGACUUGGAAUCAAAUAGAAGAGCUAUUGAAGAGGGAGAAGGUGCGAGCUGUAGCUCAGCGCUUCACCAAGACAAUUGCAAAUCUCGCUACCUCGUACAGCCCUCAUGUUGGCGCUGGUCAUAGACGCUGCGUACUGAGAUAUCACGAGUUUCAUCGGUUUAUUCGUGAUGUUAUCCCGACGACGGUACCGAUUUCUUCUACUGAGUUGUGCAAGGUUUUCAUGCGCUAUUGUCGUAAGGAACAAACCUGCAGUAAGGCCCAGUCGCUGGAGAUUGUGUGUGGGAACAUGGUAGACGCUAUAGUCUACAGCGCUCUAGUAGCGGUUCCCCGUCUUGUGAAGGCAAAGGAGAAAAUGUCACCGAGCUGCUCCGAUAUGAAUUUAUCGAGCAAACUUGGCGUCCAAUCUCUAAAAGCACUGCUUCACCACAUUUCUAACGAUCUGGGCGCGAAAGGAGGCUCUCUUGCGAAAAAGAACGUCGAAUUUAACCGAGCGAGGGUGCUUUUUCUGCUUGAGUUCAACAGAAUGCACCGGGAAGACUCGCUAGUUGACUACCAGAGCAAAAGUACCGUAGAGGACGAGUUCUCGUGGAAUUUGGACUUGGCGGAUAAUGCAGAAAACUCGGGAUGCGAUAGCGAAGCGGGGGCCGACUCUCCUGUCCAGCGCCCAUCCGUUUAUCAAUUAACUCUAAUGGAGCAGCGAAGACGUGACUUGGAACAGCUGAACGCUCUAUCGAAUGAAGCAGAUGAGAUCUACGCCUUUCUAGCGGGAGAACUACACCGACAUUUCCUCGCUAAACGUCCAGAUACUUGUGAUACAGUGCCGCAUAUGCUAGAUGUGUGGGUGUCGGCAGGUGAAAAGUACUCCGACGUUAUUAAUCACGUCGAGUCAUCUCCGCAACUUCGUGCCAAAUUCCUCGCGCGCUUUGGUCGUUCACUGUUUGUCUUUGCCUCUCAAGUUCUCAGGAGCACAACCAAAGUGUACAGCUACGAAGAGCUCUUUUACGUCACAAAUGUGCGUGUGUACACGACUGUUUCCGACACCUGGAGCGAUGAAUCGACGUCAUUUACUCUUGAUUUAGCUAUGGAGACUCUAUCGCUUGCAUCUGGAAAACUUACACAAGCUAGUGACGAGUUGUGCACUCUACUUACAACCGUUCGAAAGAAUGAUGGUCUUAGUGAAAAUGAUGAUGACGAAUCAAGUAUUGGUAGUGAAAUUAGCGAGGACGACGAUGAUUGGACAGCUAGCGCGCUAUACGAACGGUAUUUGUACUGUCUGUAUCUACGUGCUAACUGUCUAGCUGCGUAUGCUGACGUUAUAGCGCACAACAAGAAAGUUGGUGCGGAUUACGAGCUGGGAACCAAGUUUGACGAGACGAAGCAAAUUGACGAAAGAAGUUCCACCAGCGAGGUAUUUUUUAAUAGCACACUUGUGUUGUCAAAAACGUCACCGCCUGGUGAAUUUUACUGGGAAGCUAAGAAGAUGUUCCGAUUCCUCUUACAGCACUCCAAAGGAGGACUCAAUUAUUCGCAAAGUCGACUUCAUCAUAAUCUGGCAAUGGUACAUUUCAAACUAGCAACACACCUCCCAAGAGGCUGCGAUGCCGAGAAGCAGUUGCUGGAAAAUGCUCUAAUAAAUCUGGACGCAAGUGAGCAGACGUUAGAACCAAGUGUCCUUAACGAUAAGCGCAGCUACAUCCGUGCGUUGCUAGCUGUUCGACGUAAAUUCUUUCUCGCGGAAAGCCAGUCGUCAUUGUCAGUAGACGGGGAAGUCCAGCAGGACCAAGAAGAAGAAGAAGCCAUAACGCCAUUUUACCGGUUUGUGCUAGCAGCAGCGUUUGCUGACUUUGAUACCGACAAGAAAGGUGUUAUUCUACAAGCUGAUCUUACUCUUCUGAGUAAGGCGUGCGGCCGUAGCGCGGUAUCUGUCGAGUCGCUUCAGUGGCUGCUACGCAACUUCGAUCACCAAGACGGCGGUUUGACAGAAAGAGGAGUACUGCAAUAUUUCUGCUGGCUAGCUGAAGCAGACCCCGUUUCAUUUUGCGAGAUGAUUGAUUUCCUGACUGCGAAACACACCGGAGCCCACAAUAUCUCGAUAUACUCUGAUGAUUCCAUGCAUCCACGAAAGCAUUCAAGUCUUAAAUCAUCGACCGGUGUACACUGCGUUGUUGUCUUGGGUGGGAAAAUGACCAAAUCUGUAGGAGUUGACGUCAGCAACACGUCGUCGCUAGCGGAUAUUCGACUUGAGCCUGAAGUGGUCGAUAUGCUGCCUUCACGGGCUAGUCUACCAGAGGAGCUGUCUAAAUUCUGUUUUCCUGACGACAUUUACCUCAGCACGGAACCCUUUACGUUGAAGACGUUCGACAUCGUGCUCACAGAUGUCAAGGGAGUGCGCUCCUACGGCUCGUGUCUCCACUUUGGUGAGGAGAAGCAUCCCAUGGACGUGCUGUCGCUCAUUUCUGCGACCGAAAAGGGCAGAACUGUGCAUCUGCCGCCUUGGGUGAGCUUGAAGGACAUUCAACAGGGACAAACCAAGUGGAAGUGUUACGCACCCAAGUGCCUCUGUGUGCUAUCCAGCUAUCCUCUGUUCCAGACAUUCCGGAGCUUUCUGGUGUAUCUCUAUCGGCUUUCAUUGGCCAAUUCUACGCGUGUGUCGCUGGAGUCGGCAAUUUUCAACUUUCUCGAGCAAAUCCGGCUUCCAAACGGAAAUUCGACGCAAACGGCGUUUAAACUCGCCGAAACGACGUGUGUACUGUCCAGGUUUCCGACAACCUUGCCACUAUUCUCGCCAACCGAAGUGGACUUCACCAUCGCAUUCCAAUGUCUCAAUCCGGAUAACAUUUUGAAGGUUUAUGCUUAUUUGCUGACUGAGAAGAAAGUCGUGCUCAGCUCAGCCAAUCGACCAAUAUUGACCCAUGUCGCGGAAACAUUGCUGGCAUUACUCCACCCGUUCGAGUGCCAGCAAGUGUACAUUCCACUUCUUCCAUCGUCUUUAGUGGAGUUUAUCUGCGCGCCAGUGCCUUUUUUCAUGGGAAUUCGCUCCGACGAACGACUAGAACGACUGGUAGCCGAGGGAGUUAUCUUGGUUGACCUCGACAAUAACGACAUCCGAGUUCCACCGAAUGAGGAGCUACCAGUUCUUACCGACGUUAAAUCACGCAAGCUUCUUCAUACGCUGCGAAAACUCGCAAUUUGGCCUGCCAGUCAGCGCACACGACACAGCUUUGGGCAUUGUUUCAGCACCGACGAGCGCCCUCUCUCGCCAACGUUUGAGCCUUCUCAGCCCUCGGCCGCAGAUGUAGUGCAAGUGAUCAGUCGGAACGAUGAUUUGACGGAGAAGUGGAGUGAGAUUCAAACACUCUUCUCUUCGUUCGCCACAAGGAUUCUGAAGGACGUCCGCAAACACUGCACUAAAGCUGGAGCACCAGGGAACAGCUCAACAGAAGCCGUGGUAUUUGACGAGCGGGGCUUUAUAGCCAUGCACCCGAGUCUCCGAGAUUUCUGUACGCACCUGUUCCAAACUCAACUUUUCCAGCGAUCACUUGAGAACAUCUGGGCAUUCAGUGGGACGGAGACUGAACAAUACUGGAAAAUGGUUCGAGCCAAAGGGAUGAUGCGGAAGAACUCGGAAGCUGUUGAGGAUGCAAACAAGUCGCAGCGCCGACGUAUUAGUCAGGCACCUUUACCAUCAAGUAAACUUGCAAAUUCAAAGACAACCAACAAGUUAGCAGGCGACGGAUUCCCUACUCUGAAUGGAAAACUCUAUGACGACCUUCUUGAAGAGCUGAGCGAGCACGAAUCUUCGAUAAGUGAAGACGCCGGGCAACCGAUUCGCCCGCUGGCUUCGUUGUCUUCUGCUGCUUUGUCAUCGGAAUCGUCGAGCACCUCAAUCCUCACUACGACGUCAUUUCACGACGGGGAUGUUGACGCCUUUCAGCUGGUGAAUGCAGCCAGGAAGCGAAUGGAAGGUAGACGUAUAUGA